UGGACGGUGACGCGACGGCGGGAGGUGUGAAAAAUCGACGCCAUGGCGCUCAGUUACUGGGGAGAGGUGGAUGCCAUGCAUCAGUUCUGCGAAGCCAAGUACGAGGUGAGCCCAUGGUUGGCCGAGUUUUGGAAUGCCACCAGCAACAUCCCGUUCUUCAUGCUCCCAGCUCUCUACUGCUUGUACCGUAGCUAUGGAGUCUACGACCUGCGCGUGCAGAUGAUUUGGAUCAGCAUGUUUGUGGUGGGCUUUGGUAGCUUCAUGUUCCACGGCACCAUGUGCUUUCGAUGGGAAAUGUGGGAUGAAGUACCAAUGUUCCUCCUGGUGCUCUCAGCCAUGAUCUCCAAAGAUGACUCCCACUGGAUCACCACUGGGAUCUACAAACGCUUGAUUCACCUUGCAGGCUUUGGAUCUGCCAUCAUUGGCAUGGGAAUGUAUCUUCUCAAGAAUGAUUAUGAGAUGUUCGUGCACUCCUUCACGAUUGUCGUCCUUCUGGACUUGGUCCUCAGCUAUAUUUGCACCCAAUCACCUGACAAACACGGUUCCCACAUUUCAAGUGGUCUCCUUAUGGGUUACGCUGCUUCCAUUGGUUCCGGGCGGAUCUUUUGGGAGAUCGAACGGUUAACCUGCGAACCCGGUCAGGGUGGCCCCACAGCCUUGCUCCACGUGCUGUGGCACUUCCUGGCAGGGCUGGCCGUGUACUUUGGUUCGCUGAGCGACGCACAAGUCCGUUAUUCCGCCCAUGGCAUUGGCCGCCCCGUGGAUGACCCAGAGGAUCCAUGGCCUUUGGUGUGGCUUUGGCAGUCCUGGCGACGCCCAGAGCCGAUGAAGAAGGUGAAUUGAUAUAGCCAGCCGUCACCGCAGUCACCGCAGUCACC